GGGAAGGGAGCUCAGCACGUUCAGCCCUGCAAAGGGCAGUACACAAAAUUGAGAGUAAAGCUCGAAGAGAGACUUGUUUAAAGAAAACGGCAAUGGAUUUGAUCCCAAACUUUUCCAUGGAAACCUGGCUGCUCCUGGUUAUCAGCCUGGUGCUCCUCUACCUAUAUGGAACUCAUUCACAUGGAAUUUUUAAAAAGUUGGGAAUUCCUGGGCCCAAACCUUUGCCUUUCUUGGGGACGAUUCUUGCUUACAGGAAGGGCUUCUGGGAAUUUGACAAAUACUGCCAUAAAAAAUAUGGGAAAUUAUGGGGGUUGUACGAUGGUCGACAGCCUGUGCUAGCGAUCACGGAUCCAGACAUAAUCAAAACAGUGCUGGUGAAGGAAUGUUACUCUACCUUCACAAACCGACGGAACUUUGGUCCAGUGGGUAUUUUGAAAAAAGCCAUCUCCAUCUCUGAGGAUGAAGAAUGGAAGAGAAUUCGAGCCCUGCUGUCUCCAACCUUCACCAGUGGGAAGCUCAAGGAGAUGUUCCCCAUCAUUAACCAGUAUACAGAUAUGUUGGUGAGAAACAUGAGGCAGGGAUCGGAGGAAGGCAAGCCCACCAGCAUGAAAGACAUCUUUGGGGCCUACAGCAUGGAUGUGAUCACAGCCACCUCAUUUGGAGUGAAUGUUGAUUCCCUUAACAACCCACAGGACCCUUUUGUGGAAAAAAUCAAGAAGCUCUUAAAAUUUGAUAUCUUUGAUCCAUUGUUCCUCUCAGUGACACUUUUUCCAUUCCUUACCCCACUAUUUGAAGCACUAAAUGUCUCCAUGUUUCCAAGAGAUGUCAUUGACUUUUUUAAAACUUCAGUAGAACGAAUGAAAGAGAAUCGCAUGAAAGAGAAAGAAAAGCAAAGAAUGGACUUUCUUCAGCUGAUGAUAAACUCCCAGAAUUCCAAAGUCAAAGACUCUCAUAAAGCAUUAUCCGAUGUGGAGAUUGUGGCCCAGUCAGUUAUCUUCAUUUUUGCCGGCUAUGAGACCACUAGCAGUGCUCUUUCCUUUGUUUUGUAUUUGCUGGCCAUUCACCCUGAUAUACAGAAGAAACUGCAGGAUGAAAUUGAUGCAGCUCUCCCCAAUAAGGCACAUGCCACCUAUGAUACCCUGCUACAAAUGGAGUAUCUAGAUAUGGUGGUGAAUGAAACCCUCAGAUUAUAUCCAAUUGCUGGAAGGCUUGAGAGGGUCUGUAAGACAGAUGUUGAAAUCAAUGGGGUGUUCAUUCCCAAAGGGACUGUGGUGAUGAUACCAACCUUUGCUCUUCACAAAGACCCGCAUUACUGGCCAGAGCCUGAGGAAUUCCGCCCUGAAAGGUUCAGCAAGAAGAAUCAGGAUAACAUCAAUCCUUAUAUGUACCUGCCCUUUGGGAAUGGACCCAGGAACUGUAUUGGCAUGAGGUUUGCUCUCAUGAACAUGAAAGUUGCUCUUGUCAGAGUCCUGCAGAACUUCUCCUUCCAACCUUGUAAGGAAACUCAGAUCCCUUUAAAAUUGAGCAAACAAGGACUUCUUCAACCAGAAAAGCCACUGCUUCUAAAAGUUGUGUCCAGAGAUGAGACUGUGAAUGGAGCUUGAUGUAGAAUGGCCUAUAGUGGUGUUGUAUCACAUGGACCAGAAACCAGUUCAUAUUGUGAAUGAAUCCAGAGAUGAAGAUUGCAGUAAUUUUGUUCACUCCUGGGGAUUUUGGGUGUUCUUUGAGCUUUCUCAGCCUCUGUGCAAGUUGUUUUCUGUGGAACAUAUGGAUCUAAUGACAUAAAUCCAAGAUAAAUAUAUUCAACUCGUGGUUCUUGUGGGAUGGCCUAUGUUACCUUCAUUGUUACCACCAAAUACUCUGAUUUCUGAUGAGAAAAUAAAUAAACAUCAAUUACUA